AGACUUGGUCGUGUCUGGAUGGGAUCUCCAUCUUCAAAAACCCCACGACCACCAGGGCCAUUACGUUCAAGCGUUGCGGGUUCGGGAGCCCCAGAGGAGCGAAAACAGAAGAAACUUUCGGGUCGUAUCAAGAAACUAGGCGGGAAGGACAGGCCGAAGCAAGACCUUGACCGAAAGAAAGUGAUGACAUCCUCAGCGAAGCGAUGCUCUCGAUACCGUUCAUGGAAAUGCCGCUCUAGUGGCGGUUCUGAUGUAUGUCAAGUUUGUCUGCGGCAGAAACAGGGGAAAAUUCUGAAAUGCAGCUUUUGCGGUUUUCGAUGUCAUCAGAAGUGCAGUUUCCCGAAGCUAUCUUCGAGCAGCCAGAAGAGUAGUCGAGGUUGGAUCUGCGGAGGCUGUGCCCAAGAAUACUAUUGGCGUUGCGGGUUGCCCAUCCACUACGAUAAUUGCCUGGAGUGCGGCAAGUCUAGCAGUGGGGCGCCCUCAGGCACUUGCAGAGGUUGCCGUUACUCGGCUCAUGUAGCCUGUGGUAGACUGAAGGAUGGAUAUUGCUGGCAGUGCAGGGCGAAUGGUAAACGAGCCGUCGACUUGUUCAACUGGAGCCCUGUUUUCGAAACUCGCGAUGGGCGAACUCGGAUGCUGAUGGCUGGUAAAACGGUUGUUAUAGACAACACCGGUGCGGCCUCGGGCAUGCAGCUCUUCCUCUCUAAAGGGGAGGUGAUCAAUUGGACUGACGGGGAUCAGGUUCGAACCUCUGAUGGUGCGCUAUUGAACCUUACUGGGGACUUCAGUUUUGCCACAGCUCGGCGUAUCUGGUCCGACAGGGCGUUUGUCGAUCGUGAUGUCUACAAACCGUGUACUUGGGUCUGCUGUGUUCUCACUCUGGGUAAAACAACUUGUCCGAUCUCGCUAUUGUGGCAAUGCCUCGCGAGAUAUAAUAACCAGCCAUUCCCGAAGCGACUUUUCUCAUGGGUGGCACCCGAUGUUGUCCGAGCGAUAAGUCAGGUCUGUCUUGGUUUGUCGCCCGGUGUGAAGACUGUGAAUCGAUGCCAUGUUGCCAGCAGUGUCGUAUCCAAGAGCGGGGAUAAGUUUACUCAUUAGAUUUCUUCUCGGCUUG